GAGCUCUGCGCGCACUUCCUAUUUACAGAUUGGGGGAACAAGGAAAUUUUUGCACAUUUCAGAAAAAUUGAUUCCUAAUAUUAGUUGGAUCUUCUGGAACUCUAUAGAGGUAGCAUAACGAUCACCGGAUGCUUAUUAACAAUCGCGUAAAAGCAUUCAUGAACCGAUAGUCACGUAGAAAUGAAUGACUGAUGGAAAAAGUGUGGACGUGAACCUUAAAGUGACCUUUUGAAGGACAGCCGCAUCAACCCACUUCUCUCAAACUGUAGACCAGUGUGAAAACACCACACACACAUCCAUCUGAACAUUAGAGAUCCCAACCUCAAAACGGGCCAAAAUGACUGCGUCAAACUGGGGUUUGAUCAUGAACGUUGUAAACAGCAUUGUGGGUGUGAGUGUUUUGACGAUGCCCUUCUGCUUCAAACAGUGUGGAAUUGUUUUGGGCACCUUGUUGUUGUUCUUCUGUUCCUGGAUGACACACCAGUCCUGCAUGUUUUUAGUCCAUUCAGCCAGUAACACCAAACGCAGGACUUACGCGGGACUUGCAUUUCAUGCAUAUGGAAAACCAGGCAAGGCACUUGUGGAGUUAAGCAUGAUUGGCCUUAUGCUGGGGACGUGCAUUGCGUUUUAUGUCGUCAUUGCAGAUCUUGGGUCCAACUUCUUUGCUCAGCUGCUUGGGCUGGAGGUGACUGGUAGCUUCCGUAUCGUAUUGCUGUUUGCAGUUUCGCUGUUCAUCGUGUUGCCCCUCAGUUUGCAGAGAAACAUGAUGUCAUCCAUUCAGUCAUUCUCCGCCAUGGCGCUGAUCUUCUACACACUCUUCAUGUUCACGAUGGUGCUGUCCUCCUUGAAACACGGCCUCCUCACUGGCCAGUGGCUGAACAAGGUCAUUUUCGUUCGGUGGGACGGCGUCUUUCGCUGCAUCCCUAUCUGUGGCAUGGCAUUUGCCUGUCAGUCGCAAGUGUUGCCCACUUAUGACAGCCUGGAUGAGCCGUCGGUGAAGAGAAUGAGCACAAUAUUCACCUCCUCUCUCAAUGUGGUCACCACCUUUUACAUCACAGUGGGGUUCUUCGGUUAUGUGAGCUUCACAGAUAACAUUGCCGGGAACGUACUGAUGAACUUUCCAUCUAACCUGGUGACGGAAAUGAUCCGUGUGGGCUUUAUGAUGUCUGUGGCUGUGGGCUUUCCCAUGAUGAUCCUGCCUUGCAGACAGGCCAUCAACACCAUGCUAUUCGAGCAGCAGCAAAAAGAUGGCACUUUUGCCGCAGGAGGGUAUAUGCCACCCCUUCGCUUCAAGAGCAUCACUCUGUGCAUCGUUUUUGGCACCAUGUUUGUUGGCAUCCUCAUUCCUAAUGUGGAGACCAUCCUGGGUCUGACCGGAGCCACCAUGGGCAGUCUGAUCUGCUUUAUCUGUCCAGCUCUCAUCUACAAGAAGAUCAUGAAGAACGCCUGGACCGCACAGGAGCGAUUGCAAGUGUUGCCCACUUAUGACAGCCUGGAUGAGCCGUCGGUGAAGAGAAUGAGCACAAUAUUCACCUCCUCUCUCAAUGUGGUCACCACCUUUUACAUCACAGUGGGGUUCUUCGGUUAUGUGAGCUUCACAGAUAACAUUGCCGGGAACGUACUGAUGAACUUUCCAUCUAACCUGGUGACGGAAAUGAUCCGUGUGGGCUUUAUGAUGUCUGUGGCUGUGGGCUUUCCCAUGAUGAUCCUGCCUUGCAGACAGGCCAUCAACACCAUGCUAUUCGAGCAGCAGGUAACACUCUGA